UUUUUGAGAUUACAAAACGAGUGGUCGUCCUCUGUUCCCCUGUUUCCUCCUUCUCUAUCCUCCAAAGUCCCAACCUUUCCCCUCUCCUCUUGCAUUAUCCCUCGUCUGAUCGCAAUUCCACUUCUGGGGUUUCUCGUCUCUCCCCUGAAUCCCCCAGAAAGUUGGUUCCUUUUACUUUACAUUUGCUCUGUUUUUCGCCCACUUCCAUGAAAAAAUGACGCCACUUUCCUCUGAGCUCGUCGGUUUCACCAUCCCUUUCUACUCCAAAACCCACAAACACUACCGAAGCUUCUUAACCUUCUCUAACGCUAACCUCAACCACGUCAAUGUCAAGCCUUUCUCAACCAAUCUCCAAUCCUCCACAACAGACGCAAGACAGCAACAAACGUCACAAACCCAUUCACAUUCACAGUCUCUAGGGUUCAGAGACACCCAGAUGCUCAAAAUCUUCCACCGCUCGUGCCGUGCUGGUAGCUACAUCGAAGCUCUGCAUCUCCUCGAGAGCAUGGUGCGCAAAGGCUACAACCCGGACGUGAUCCUCUGCACCAAACUCAUCAAAGGCUUUUUCAACCUCCGCAACGUCCCGAAAGCCGUUAGGGUUAUGGAGAUUCUCGAGAAGUUCGGACAGCCUGAUGUCUUCGCUUACAACGCCUUGAUCAACGGGUUUUGUAAGAUGAACCGUAUCGAUGAUUCCACGAAGGUUCUCGAUAGGAUGAGGAGCAAAGGGUUUAGUCCUGACACCGUGACUUACAAUAUAAUGAUUGGUAGUUUGUGUGGUAGAGGGAAGCUUGAUCUUGCCUUGAAGGUUUUGGAUCAGUUGCUGAGCGAUAACUGCCAGCCUACUGUGAUUACUUACACGAUUUUGAUCGAAGCGACGAUGAUUGAAGGCGGCGUCGAUGAGGCCUUGAAGCUGCUGGAUGAGAUGCUGUCUAGAGGGUUGAGACCUGAUAUGUUUACUUACAACACGAUCAUCAGAGGGAUGUGUAAAGAAGGGAUGGUGGAACGCGCGUUUGAGAUGAUUCGGAGCUUGGAGCUGAAAGGCUGUGAGCCUGAUGUGAUCUCUUACAACAUCUUGCUGAGAGCUCUUUUGAAUCAAGGGAAAUGGGAAGAAGGGGAGAGGCUGAUGAGUAAGAUGUUCUCUGAGAAGUGUGAGCCGAAUGUUGUGACUUACAGCAUUCUUAUUACUACUCUGUGCCGCGAUGGAAAGAUCGACGAAGCGCUGAAUCUGCUUAGGCUUAUGAAGGAGAGAGGGUUGACGCCUGAUGCUUAUAGCUACGACCCUUUGAUCGCCGCGUUUUGUAGAGAAGGUAGGUUAGAUUUAGCUAUCAAGUUCUUGGAAACUAUGAUCUCCGACGGGUGUUUACCGGACGUGGUGAACUACAACACCGUGUUGGCUACGCUGUGCAAGAACGGAAAAGCGGAUCAAGCGUUGGAGAUCUUCGGGAAACUAGGCGAGGUCGGCUGCUCGCCGAACUCUAGCUCUUACAACACGAUGUUCAGCGCGCUGUGGAGCAGCGGUGAUAAGAUCAGGGCGUUACAAAUGAUAUCAGAGAUGUUGAACCACGGGAUCGACCCCGAUGAGAUCACUUAUAACUCGAUGAUCUCGUGUCUAUGCAGAGAAGGAAUGGUUGACGAAGCUUUUGAGCUGUUGGUUGACAUGAGAAGCUGUGAGUUUCAUCCUUCCGUUGUUACGUACAACAUUGUUCUUUUGGGAUACUGUAAAGCUCAUAGGAUCGAAGACGCCAUAGAUGUUCUUGAAUCAAUGGUGGAGAAUGGGUGUAGGCCUAAUGAAACUACUUAUACGAUGCUUAUUGAAGGGAUUGGAUUCGCUGGAUAUAGAGCUGAAGCUAUGGAGUUGGCUAAUGAUCUGGUUCGAAUAGACGCGAUCUCUGAGUUUUCGUUCAAGAGAUUGCAUAGGACUUUCCCUUUGCUUAAUGUUUUACAGAGAUCUUCCCAGACAUUUAGUCACUAAGAUAAACAACACAUUUAUGUUAUCGAUUUUACAGUUCA